AUGGUGCUUCUGGACGUAAAGAGAUCGGAGAAGAAGAAUGAGUUCAUGUACGAGACAACAGUGAAGGCCAAUGUUGGAGACCUCUUGAAAGAACUCUGCGAGCUUCACAACAUGAGGCUCAAAGUCCAGAGGCUCUCCCUUGCAUGCAAGGAGCUGGCGAAGCACGGGCCCCUGAGACCGGAGGAAACUCGAGGAAUCUCCGAGGACCUCAGCAAAGUCACUGAGCUAGACGUGAAUGCGUAUGGGCAGCCUACUAGACCGGAUGAGUCUGGCUUUCGCACGGGAGUUCCUCCCCCGCCCGAGGUGGCCGACGUGCUGACCCGCACAGCAGAGGAAGCCGCGGCUGCGGUGGCCUCCGAGCUGGUGCAGCAGCGAAAGUGUGUUGAUAAGAAGGUGUGCCAGACGCAGAUUGACAACAUGCGCGGUGCCGUCAUGAUUGCGUAUCCUGCUUUCCAUCGCUUGCCUAUUUAUGAUCCUGUACGCCAAGAGCUCGAGGACCGGGAGGAGCUUGACGGAGCGUCGGAGUUGCAGUGCGUGCUCGAGCCUGCCCAGACUAACAUGUGGUGGGCUGGAAAGGAGCUCAGGAUGGACCAGACGCUGGAGCAGUAUGUUGGCAAGAAUGAAAAGACGAAGAUCGUCGCAAAGCUUGCUCCGAAAGCCUCUGGAGCUCCCGUGCGGGAGCCGCGCAUAGACGAGAACACGCACAAGGCGAUGAUGGCCCAUUACUACCGAAAGCAGGAGGAGACCAAGAAGCUCCAGGACGACGAGGACGACUCUUACCUGGAUUCGGAGUGGGCCAACCCGAAGGCUCUGAAGAGUGCCUUGGUUGGCGGUGGAAGGCUGGAAGACAGGAAAGCAUUGAAAUGCACCCAGGCUCGGCCAAACGUCGCAGCCGGCGCAGACGUCGGGGAGAUCAAUGACAGAGAAGGACCAAGCUCCAACCACGUUUCCUCUGUUGAAGGCCCUGCAGACAUGACAGUGCAGCUUUGGCGGGCCAGCCCCGAUCACAAGCUGAACCUCAUUGUUGGGCCAAGCUCCCAAAGCGAUGUGGUCGUAAUGGUGGAUGCGAGUCAUUUGGGCAUCUACCAAGGAGAUGAGGUGCUCAGCAUCAACGGUGUGUCUGUGCAAAGCUUUCGCCAUUUUGCUGAACUUCUUGAAUCAUGUGGACAGAAUAUAGAGAUUCAGUUCUAUCACAAGGAGCCGCCGAUAGCCACGCUCGUGCACGAGGAUGACCUGAUCGAGAUGUGCUGCGGUCCAACUCUUUGUGUGCCGCAGACCAUGCCAGUGUGGUGCGAUUACUUCUACAACCCUCCAGAACCGAGGUGCCGUGCCGAGUCCUGGACACAGCGGGAGGUUUUGAGUGCCUCCGUAGCAGAGACGAGCUCGGAAGGUUCUACGUUUCAACUUGAGAUGCGCCGUACAUCGAUGAAGCAGCCCUUCGGGCUUCCACUUGGAGUGCUCAGCCUGCCAGCUGAGCCCUCCGAGCCCUCCAACGUGGCCUCGGAGGAUGCGCUGCUGACAACUCCGAAGUGUCAGCAGCUCUGCGUUACUGAGAGUUUCUGCUCCGACCGGGAGGUCUUGGAUGCAGAGAUUGGGCAUCUGCGAGAAGAUGACGAAGAGGUCAGCCAGUCCAAUGCAGGCAGCAUCAUGGGGAAUCGAGGGCCCGUGGUCGUCUUGCAGGCAGUGCCCCUGCUUGGCCUCCAUGCAGGGGAUGAGCUGCUGAGGAUCAAUGGGGAGGAUAUCUCCGAUCUUUACAGCUGCAAGGCCGCGCUGAAGACCGCCAUACAUCUCAGCCUGGAAUUUCGCAGACCAGAUACUGUCCCGAGCAGCUUCUGCACGACAGAGGUCGGGUCGCCAGCUCUGCUUAUGAAGACAUCGCGACGGAGCGACGAUUGGAAUUCGGCCACCUCGACGAAAGACUGCAGCCGUGAAGUGCCGGAAGAAAGCUGGUACCAAAACUUGUUGCUCAAACUGACUUGCACCGAUGUCUCUCGACAAGCUGUAGAUAGUUCCCCCAUGUUGGAGGUGCAAACGCACAGGAGUUUCGAUUCCAAAGAUCUUCGGGACGCAGUCAUGAUCUGA